AUGGUUGACACUGCACCACAGUCAAGACGUGCUCUUAGUCGUGAGUCCUAUGCAUCAAUAUCACGAACGAGUACGUUUGCUGAUUUUCUAUCAGAUAGUAGUGGAGAUGAGGAUGAGGAUGAUGCACACUCACGAGCAACAUUGAGAAUGCAGCAAGAGACAGAUGAUUGGGUCUUUGAGGACUCAAUGGAUGAAGAAAUGCCAUUGACGCAUCAUGACUUGAAUCGUAGUAGUAACCGUAGCUUUCGUCUUAGUAUGGCAAAACCAGGAUUCUUUGACACAAACGGUGAUUGUGAGAAUGGAUCGAGUGGCCCAAAGACGAUAGUAGAGCAGGUUAUGGCUAGUAAGGAUGUGAAAAGUCCAUUCGAAGGUGCUGUAGAAAACAAGACCUUUGGACACACACGACAAACUUUUGGGGUUGGAAAGAGUGAUCGAGGUACAAACGCUGCUGCUGCUGCUGCUGAAAGUCGCACUGACUGUUACGAUAGCUUUGCGUCCAGUCCGCCACGCUUUAGUGCCAAUGACGAUAGCUUCUUUGGUGAAGCGAAGCCUAGUUUCUCGGAUGAGCACAGUCUUACAGGCGACGAUAGCUUCAUGACAAUCGACACGAGCUUUGUGUAUCGACCGAGUGUGCUGGAUGACGACGAUGAUGUGGAAGUACCGAGCAAAGAAAUGAGAUUGAGUCAUCAUUGCUUGGCUAAUCGACUAUCAUUGUCGAAUGGAUCAAUUGGAACGUCGACAAACAACCAUGUCAAUACGACAACAGGCGCAGGUACUCACGGUAACGGUGACAGACCGGUUCAAGGUGCAGCAGACACGAAUGUAGAUCAUGCUAACGCAACCGUAGCGACUACAUUUCUGAGGCAUGUGAAGCCUAUUGUGUCCAGACAGUCAAGUGCAGCGUCAUCAUUAAGGUCGUCACAUGAUUUCAGUUCGCAGCAGCGGCGAACAGCAGCAUCUCACGAGUCUUGUAGAAUUUCGUCGUUGGACCUUUGGGAGAGCAAGCACACUUUUGACGAAGAACGUGGGCCUUCAAUUGGUCAGGCACGGUCAUCGCGAGCGUCUGCACAAAGCGAGCAGCAAAGUCACCGUCUUAGCAGCGCAUUUGAAGAGCGCCAUUCCAUGAUGUCUACGUCGUCAAACUCGUCCAGCUUCAUAUCAUUCCACGACCAACCGAGUUUUUUUGUCGACGAUGUUCAGCAGAACGUUCCAUCUAGAAAUUCACCAUCAUUGGACUCUCGGUCUUCGCUGGCAAAUUUUGCGAUUCUUGGAGAUGAUGCUCGUGACCCAAGUGAAAGGCGUAGUAGCGACAUUAUACCGCAGGACAUUGGCGAAUAUCGCUGUAGUAGCGCCUUGGAUCACAGCUAUAGCGACCUCGUGGAUGUCGCAGCGGGAGUCGAUCAUAUUGUCAGCAGCGAAGUGAACCGUGAAAGAUUUGAUGCGGUCGACAGAAACUACAGUGGUGCAAACGUAAGCAGUAACGGCACGAGUCUAGGAAGUUCGUUAUUAGCUUUAUCAGCAGUGUCCCAGUCUUCAGCUGCAAGCGGUGAGCUCUCUUUCCUCUCCUUUAGCGCUGUCAAACCUACUACCUCAACAGGACCAAGCAAGCAACAAACGCAACGGGAAUCAGUGAAGCAGUCUCCAUUGAUCACUGCGAUGGGAAACUCAGACAGACAAAACGCUACUUACGAGGUUGAUCAGGUAUUGUACAGGUCUAUCGCGCUUCCUCGUGGUAGCAACGUGAAAAGAGCUAAGCCGUCAAGGUCUUCCUCGGUAACGUCUUCCACGUACUCUACAAGCGCCACCAACUUUUCGUCCGCAGCACUUCUGGCAGCUAUCAAGACACGAGACGUUCGUACGGAUACCCGGGUGGAAGAUUCAGAAGCGAGUGAUGUGGCUCUCGGAACCUUACCUCAGCUGGCACCCCCGCUUAAAAUUACUCGGGCGCGUCGAAGCCAAGGUUCGCGCUCAUCGUCGCUACUAUCCAAUAGUAGCGCAGGGUCCUCCCCAUCAAUCAUAGCACCGCCUUCGGCUAUAUCAUCCAAGACAGGAUUGUCUGUCGCAUCUUUGACUAGUAGCGGUGAUCGUCUUGAUUUCACUGGAGUGUAUCGCGGCUCGAUCAACAGUGGGAAGUCUUCAGGUACCAAUGAUGUUUCGUCAAGGCCGAUUCGAUCUGAUGGUGAGACGACGCAGCUCAGGUCACAACAAAGGUCUCUAGGUGAACGUAAGAACACGAACGAGUUUGAUUGCUUGAGCGUGAAGCUGGAACGCUCUAAAAGCGACGGCCGUGCGAUGCAGCGCGAAGCUCGGCGCAAAGUUGAGAACUUCUUCCGUGAUACACGUCAAAGAAGUGUAUAUGAUAUUGAUGAACAAGAGGUGCAUCGCGCGACGAACCAGAAAACGCGCGCUCGUACGACUGUGAUGAUGCAGUGCGUGGACAAUGUUGCGGCAGGGCGGCGAAGUUUUGCUUCUCAUAGCAUUAACGUGGCGAAAGUUAUUGAUCUCAAGAAUUUGCGCAAUGGCGGCAAGCGAAUUGGAUCGCACUUGGAAUAUUACGCCGUUCCUGUGACACCUCAGCAAGAGGAAGAGUCUGCUAAGCGGAGGGCAAUGAGAAUAACGACUGGAACGAGCAGCAAAGGCGUCACAGCGACACGAUCGGAUCACAUUCCUAUACGUCAAAACUAUACGGAAAACAGCCCUCAGACUAGAGAUGUCGAGACCAAGAUGCACGCGCAGAACAACAUGCAUGCGCAGAAGUUUAAGACUGCAGCAAAUACAGGUGAACGUGAACGUCGCGAGUUCUUGUCGGGACCAUUGGGUCCUAAAGGGGACGAUUUUAGCAGAUCUAGAACGCCAUCAGGACGGCGGGCUGACAAUGUGUCACUCAUACUUGCACAGUCAGGGUUGUCAGCAGUUGAGUCACCAGCUUUCUCUCCAUCGCCUUUUGCGACAUCGUUUGCAACUCCGAAUACGUUAGGUAGAAGUGGUGAUGCUGGAUUUGGGAGUUCAUCGGGGAAGUCGCCAGCAGUUUUCACUUCCAAUUCAAGGAGACAGUUGUGGAAGUCUGGAAGCAGUUUCAGCGAUCUAAACGAGGAAGCUGCCGAUACACAGUUUGAUGCUUCACGUUUGCUCUCUCAGCGAUUCCAAUUUGUAGACCGCGUCCAGACCAUAUCAGCCUCGCUGGCAAGUUCUGUGCAACGCUUCUUGCACGGCAAAACGUAUCAUCGGCACAAUGGCAAUGUAGACCUGACGUCACCGCGAUCCCAGUGCACUGCUCCAACAGCACUACCUCGGGCCUAUAACCACAAUGGCUUUUACGAGAUUCCAUUCAAAGUGCCAGAUCUGAAUAAACCCUUGCUGCAGCGUGAAAAGCAGCAUCUCGUGGAGAGUAACCGUGACUGGGUGCGACAGUGGUUGAUCCUGGUGGCGUGCGUGGUGCUUGGGUUGUCUAUAGGGACUAUCUUGGUACGUAUUGCGCCACUCAAUGCUAGAAUUUUCAGCUUACCAGCUACUGAAGUACAUGAACGUCAAGAGAGUAAUGGAGAGUUGGUGUUUUCUGGUGGUGUGCAAUGGUUUUUGCUACCUGGCCGUUUGUUUGUGCGAGUAUGGAGCGCAUUAGGAAUCCCGUUAUUGAUCUGCUACAUUGUUAACGCACUAUCAGAUCUCGUGGGCUGUGCAGACAAAGCUGCACUAGUUCUGAGCUUCCGUUCGGUUGGGUAUGCGAUGGUGCUGGCAAUGUUGGCGACAUUUGAAGGAGUUCUGGCUAUGUGGAUGACGCACAAGUUUGGGUGGUUUAGAGGAAGUAGCAGCACGGCUAGGUCAGAGGCAUCGAUGCUAACUGAUGCUAUAGGUGUGACUCCGCUGACUGAAGGAGCUGUGGGUCUACUAUGCUCAGGUGAUAGCGAUUACUUACGGCGUCUUGGUGACGAUGUGUUUUCUUGUUCAAAUACGUCGUUGUUGUUACCGCUUUAUAAAGAGGUUAGCAAUAACUCUGUCGAUAUCUCUGACAGUGGACCAGCAGUAUUUGGAUUGCAAGCAGUUACUCGAGUGUUUGCGACGCCAACGUCGACUAUGGCGUACUACCCCGUAUCACUUGGUACAGGAGGAAAUAUGGUUACUCUGCUGUUGCUAGCGCUAACUCCUGAUACUGUGGCGGUCCGUUACACAGAGGUUGCAAGCAAUGGGAUCGCCCCUUUAGGUGUUCUAGUCGUGUUUGCCUUAUUUUUGGGAUCAUUGUGCGGAAAGCGAAUACUACGACUGCGGCGUGAUGCUCAAGCGGCGAUGUUUGAGUCGGUGGCAACAAACGAUUCAGCGGAUGUUCCGCAUAAUGCUCGCCACUACAUUGUGGGCAUUCUGAUGGAACUGCAAUUUGCCCUGGAAUGGUUGGUACGACCAAUGGAGCGAUACUUGGCACCAGUAGGAUUUUUUUCGCUCAUGUUGGGGAACGUGGUGGCUCAUCAUCGCGAGUGGCGUUCGUUUACGUCCCCGAUGUCGUCGUUGAUUGUUGGUGUGCUAAUAUUGUUCAUCCUGCAUGCCACAGUGGUUCUACCGAUGGUUCUCAAACAAUUAUCUAGCGGUCGUCAUCGGCUGCCUCUACUGACAACGAUGAGGUCGUUUAUACCGGCAUUUAUGUUUGCAUUCACAACCGACAAUGUAGCGCUUUCAGCACCAGUCGUGAUGCAGUGCUACGCUCGGGUUCUUACAGUGACUCGUUCGGCCGCGCAAGCGGCUACUGCAGUGACAGCAGCCGUCACUCGAAGUGCACGUGCAUUGUAUCUCCCGCUCGCGCUGCUGUGGCUACUAGAGACCUCGUCGUCCGAAGAGCUGGAAUUAAAUGCAUCGGACUACAUGUCGAUCGGAAUCGUGUCGAUGUUGAGCUGCUUUUGCGGUGGCAGCACACGCUUAACAUUGGCUAUGGUACGCACAUUGUGGUCAACUCAGUCGUCUAAUCCUGCAAGUUCUUUGCCUGCCACGAUGCCAUUGCUGGUCGUGUGUGACGCGGUGCUUUCACGGUUUGCCAGUGUGGUGACUCUAGUAGACCAUGUUGUGCUAACGCAUCUUGCAGCGCAGCAUUGGGGGGAGAUGGUUGUACAAGGAAAACCAAGUAGACUCAGCAAUAGCAACAUUUCGAGUGUAAGCCCGCUGAACGACAGCCAAGUCCCUCGACCUCCGUCUAGUGCGAUGAUGUCAUCCGUUUGCUUGUGA